AUGGCUGAGCCAAACAAGAAACGACGCCUUUCUGAAGAGGAUAUCUCUCAAGUCUCCGAUACCAAAAUGGAGACUUCCACACCUAAAGCCUCCGAGGCCCCGGCUUCCAAGCAGCCUAACAAGACACUCUUCGUCCGAUCGCUUCCCGUCUCCGCUACGACAGAAAAGCUCGCAGAGUUCUUCUCAGAGUCCUAUGUGAUCAAGCAUGCCACUGUCGUUGUGAACCCAGAGACAAAGGUUUCCAAGGGCUUCGGUUUCGUUACAUUCGCCGAUCUCGAGGAUGCCCAAAGCGCCCUUGAGGAGUUGAACAAUGCCGACUUUGACGGCAAGAAGAUCCGUGUCGAGUAUGCGCAACCCCGUCACCGUGAGAUUGACGAGAAGCUGGGCAGGAGUGUUCCUGCUGCUGCUGCAAUCAAGAACAAGCAGGAGCGCGAGGAUCAGAGAGUGCAAAAUCAGCCGCCUAGGCUCAUCAUUCGCAAUCUGCCGUGGAGCAUUGAGACCCCCGAACAACUUUCCCGACUUUUCCUCAGUUUCGGCAAGGUUAAGCAUGCAGUCCUCCCCAAGAAGGGCAACAAGUUGCAAGGAUUCGGUUUCGUUGUCUUGAGAGGCAAGAAGAACGCCGAGAAGGCGCUUCAGUCAAUCAACGGAAAGGAGAUCGAUGGCCGCCAAUUGGCUGUUGAUUGGGCUGUUGAGAAGGAAGCAUGGGACAAGGCCAACGGAGCCAACCAGGAGGAGGAGAAGGAGGAGGAGGAGGAAGGCGAAAAAGAGGAUGUUGAUAUGGAGGACAAGGAAGAUCUCGAGAACGUCUCCGGCGAGGAGGCUUCAUCAGACGCUGACGAGGACGAUGACAUGCAGGACCUGGAGGAGGAUCUAGGAGAUAACGAUGAGGAGGAUCACGACGAGGGAGAGAAGGAGGACGAUCGAACGGAAUGCACAAUCUUCCUUCGCAACCUUCCCUUCACCUGCACCGACGAGUCGCUCUACGAACAUUUCACCCAAUUCGGACCACUCCGAUACGCCCGCAUUGUGGUCGACCACGAGACCGAACGCCCUCGAGGCACUGGAUUCGUGUGUUUCUGGAAACUCGACGAUGCCAUCACUUGCAUCCGUGGUGCCCCCAAGACAAACGAGAUGCCCGCCGACAAAGAACGCUCCAAGCCAGCGAUGAAGCAUUCCGUCCUACAAAACGAGGAUGCUGAUCCUAGCGGAAAGUACACAAUGGAGGGUCGUAUUCUACAGGUUGCUGGCGCAGUGAACAAACGCGAGGCUACGAGACUGAACGAAGAGGGUGUGUCGCGCCGUCUGGUGCGUGACAAGGAUAAGCGUCGCCUCUACCUUUUGUCUGAGGGUACUAUCGCUUCGAACUCGCCUAUGUACAAGAAGCUGUCUCCCUCCGAGAUCAAAAUGCGCGAAGCCAGUUUCAAGCAGCGUGAGACCUUCAUCAAGAAGAACCCGGCCUUGCAUCUCAGUCUUACUCGUCUUUCUAUCCGAAACAUCCCCCGCCACGUUACCUCGAAAGACCUGAAGCAACUUGCCCGUCAAGCCGUCGUUGGAUUUGCUACCGAUGUCAGCAAUGGCAUCCGCGAGCCGCUCUCCAAGGAGGAGAAGUCGCGCUCCUCCGAGGAGAUGGAAGAGAUGGAGAACCUGCGCAAAACCAAGAAGCAGGGUAUCGUCCGCCAAGCUAUGAUCGUCUACGAGACUCGCGAGGGUACUAAGGUGCCCGAGAAGGGCGGUGGUGGUCGCAGCCGUGGUUACGGUUUCAUCGAGUACUUCACUCACCGACACGCCUUGAUGGGACUGCGUUGGUUGAACGGUCACCCCAUUGAUGUCCCCGUUAACAACGAGGAGGAGGACAAGGACCGGAAGAAGCGCCUGGUCGUUGAAUUCGCCAUUGACAACGCUCAGGUUAUCAAGCGCCGCAAGGACCUGGAGGAGAAGAAGCGUCUCGAGAAGGAGAAGAAAGAUCAAGAGAAGGAAGAGGAGGCCGAGGAGGAGACCGACAAGAAGGGAAUGAAGCGGAAGCGUGGCGGUAAAGGCAAGGAUGAAGAGGAACAGGUAGAGGAAGAGGACGAGGAGGAGAACAAGAUCGCCAAACGCAAUCGGAUCAUUGCGCAGAAGCGGAUGAAGCGCAAGCACCGCAAGGGCAAGGCGUAA